ACGUGUAUUUAUUUCUUCGGUGUCUCUCUACCAAUUCGGAAACUAGGAAAAGUCUUUCUGGCGUAUUGUACUUUCCAGAAAUCUGAAUGAGUCUUGAGCUUAGAGACAUUUCCAUUUUCUUUGCUCUAAUCUUACUCCAUAAGCUUUAUUAAGUAAAGACCGGUGCUUCAAGUGGUGGAUUUCGUUCUGUUUUCUCAGUUUUGAGAAACACAGUUCUGUUGCAGGCAUAUUAUCUGAAAAAAAUGGAUUCUUCUGAAAAGGAUGAGGUACCCAUGCUAUCAGCAAUGUAUUCGCAAGUCUAUGAGAGCAAUGAAUCUUCAGCUAGGGGUUUUUCACCCUGGACCAGGAGUGCAUCAAUGUCUAUUCCUGUGAACUCUAUGGACUCCUCUGAAUAUGAAAACAAUCUUGUAAGUUACACUGGUCCUUUAAGAAGUGAAAGAAGGACAUCAUUUAUACAGAGGAGUGGUCCGUUAUACGCUGGCCGUAGACAUGUUGGCACCAUUCAGUCUAAGCAAGGGUCUUCAAGGCAGAAAAGCUCGGAGCCCAAAGUAGAAAAAUAUCCUUCGAUUAAUGGGAGGGAUCGGAAUGAUUGGCCAGAUGGGAACUACAUGGGGAAAAAUGAACAUCUUUUGAGGUCUGGGCAACUGGGGAUGUGCCAUGAUCCAUACUGCACAACAUGCCCAACGUAUUACAAUUUUACAGGGAACCAGAAGAACUCAAGAAUGUCUGAUACAUUUGAUGCUAAGUUCCACAAUAUGAUUUAUGGUGAUGCAAAAGGUUGGGCAAAGAGAAUGUAUUCUUUUUUUCGUCGUUAUAUUCCAGGAGUCAUGAAUCCUCAUGCAAAAAUAGUUCAGCAGUGGAACAAGUUCUUUGUGAUCUCUUGCUUAUUUGCAGUAUUUCUAGACCCGCUGUUCUUUUUCCUACUGGCAGUGUUGCAGGAUAACAAGUGCAUAGUAUUAAAUGGCCCCUUGACAACAACAAUUGUGAUUUUGAGGAGCUUGACUGACCUCAUUUACUUACUUCACAUGCUCCUUCAGGUAACUUAUUCCCACUGCUCUUAUUGUUUCUCAUGUACUUUGUUAUUUUUAACAAUCGAGUUGAAAACUUGUUCUUUAUUAUACUCAUCAAUCCAUCAUUAUCAAUGCACGAUGGAAGUGACAAUAUGGAUGCUAAUGACUCAUCACCAACUUGAAAUCCAAGGUUAUAGUUGCUAUCUGCUCACAGAAAAUGCUUUAUUUCCAUCAAAUUAUACUUGUCACUUGAAAACUGUUAACAGAGUGAAUCAAUGUCUUCGAGAUGCUUGUCGUAGCUCCAACAUUUCAAGGUGUGAGAAAUUCAUUGACUGUGGGCGUGGAAAUGAAUCAAAUGGUUAUGAAACAUUUAAGGACGAAUCGACAUGGGAGCAAUGGAAGAAUAAUAUAAAUGCAACUGCUUGUUUUUGGGAUGGCAGUUUUCCUUAUGGAAUUUAUAAACAAGCUGUCAAUCUAACCACCAGGGAAUCUGCCACAACAAGAUAUGUAUACUCAUUAUUUUGGGGGUUCCAGCAAAUUAGUACCCUGGCUGGGAAUCAAGUUCCAAGCUAUUUUGAAUGGGAAGUCCUUUUUACAAUGGCCAUUAUUGGAAUGGGCCUCCUGCUUUUUGCUCUGCUGAUAGGAAAUAUGCAGAAUUUUCUUCAAGCCCUUGGGCGCAGGAGGUUAGAAAUGUCUCUAAGACGCCGUGAUGUUGAGCGGUGGAUGAGCCAUCGACGCCUGCCCGUAGAACUAAGAAGGCAAGUUCGACAAGCAGAACGUUAUAAUUGGGCUGCCACCAGAGGGGUAAAUGAAGACAUGCUACUGGAGAAUUUACCUGAAGACCUUCAAAGGGAAAUACGGCGUCAUCUUUUUAAAUUUGUUGAGAAAGUCCGAAUUUUUCAACUUCUGGAUGAACCCAUCAUGGAUGCCAUAUGUGAGAGGCUACGCCAAAAAACAUAUAUUAAAGGAAGCAAAAUCUUAUAUCACGGUGGUCUGGUGAACAAGAUGGUGUUUAUAGUUCGGGGGAAAAUGGAGAGCAUUGGGGAAGAUUUGAUUGCAGCUCCCUUGUCUGAAGGAGAUGCUUGUGGAGAAGAACUUCUCACAUGGUGCCUUGAGCAUUCUUCUGUAAAUAAAGAUGGAAAAAGAAUCAGGAUUCCGGGACACAGAUUACUGAGCAAUAGGCUUGUGAAAUGCUUAACAAAUGUAGAAGCAUUUAUAUUGCGAGCUUCGGAUCUUGAAGAAGUCACCAGUCUUUUUGCAAGAUUCUUGAAAAGUCCACGCGUUCAGGGGGCCAUAAGAUACGAAUCACCUUACUGGCGAGGCUUAGCAGCAAGACAAAUUCAAGUUGCAUGGAGAUAUAGGAAGAAGCGAAUAAGUCGUGCAGACACCUCGAGCUCAAAACCUGAUCAUUGAUCUAAACACUGCCAUUUACUUAAAGUAUAGCAUAAAUGAAUAUCAUGUGAUAUAUUUCCAUUUGAACCUCGUGGCAAUAUUGUGAGAUCCCUGCUAAAUUUUAAAUACAGCACAUAACUUGUAUCUGUAGAAAGGAUAAGAAUUAUGCAUAAAAAUUUAGUAUUUUGGCUCGAAUGGAUACUAUGCAUAUCUUCUGUAUCGAUAGUACUUUGUUAGAAUAGCGGUCUUUAGAUGUCGGAAAAAACAACCCAAGGAGAAUGAUGACUCAGUUUUUGAUGA